UAACCAAAAGUCGAAUCCAUGCUAAGCCUCGUUGACCUUCCGAGCGAGGUACUUUCCACCAUUAUUGAGCUUGUGCUUGCUCCGUCCACUUUCCCUCAGGAUGCCAAACGCUGCAGACCAGCCUGGAACGCAGGCCACCGUCAAGUUAUUUGCGUUCCGGACCUAGGCGGAACAAGACCCACCAAUUCCAUAGAUCUCCUACUUACGAACCGGAGACUCCAUGCUGAAACUGUACAUUAUCUGUCAAAAACCGACAUACCCCAGGUCUUCAAACUCGAUAUAGCCAUCAUAGAUGGCCAUUGGAUCUGGCCAACGUGGCGAUACGUUCCGACGCAUAUGUUCAGCCGACAAGUCGACCUAUUGGAAUUUAACAUCAUACCUUGCUGCACAGAGGAUGAGCGCGUACUGCAAUCUGACUGGGAACCUGAUGCGCUCAUAUUCAAAGCUAUCGCUGAGGUUAUGAUGAUCACAGCCUUCCAAGUUGUCGCAUUUGGAAUCGCGGGAACGAACCUCUGCAGCUUGAAAUCAGAGAAUCAUGACCCUGAUUCGACAUUUCAAGAGUCUUGUAGCCGACAAAUCAGAAUGAUGGCCAGCAGAGUCGACAUGUUAAAACAAUACAAAACUGGAAACCAACCAAUCAGCUAUCAGGAUAUACCAAUUCGAGAGAUUGCCGACUUAGCGCAUCUCACCUUUGAUCCUCUCUAUCCUAUGGAUUCAAUUCAGAACUUACAAACCCUAGAUCAGAAUUUGGUAGAGGCUGUAAAUCAAAUCGAGUCACGGGGUAAUUCGAAGUGGAAGACCGUCCUCGAGCAUAUUCACGAUUUCCUGCUGUAUAAACCCGAGCCACUCAUUCUCCUUGACAAUGAGUAAACCGUAUCAAACCUCAACCUGCCAAUUAUUCAGCUAGCGGGACACAUGUAGCAACAUGCAGACGAUGAAUGCAACACAACAGCUUAGGAUAACACGAUGCACAUCGAAUACAGAUGGGAGAGGGUUUCUACAGUCAAGUAUGGUUUCUAGCAGCUUCCGUCGAAUGUACGAUCAUUUUGUCUUUACCUGUCGUGUCUGAUCUCUCACACGAUAGCACUCACUUGUUUUUGCCUGCCUAUAUGUAUGGAUCCAGUCAGCCCGUAGUUCGACUAACAACUCAACUCAGCUCAGCACAUUUCUUUUCUCCACCUUGCCUAGUCUGACAGCCGAUAUAACCUUCUCCCGCACUCGAGAACACUCAAAAUUGGACUUAACAAUGGUUGUGGGCAGUGCAUUGAUGGUGUGAAUGAUACAAAAGUUCGUAACGGGACUUGGUUGAGG